AUGGCGGAAGAGGUGGACGCUUCAUCUAAGGGAGCCGACCUGAAGGACGCGCGCGCGGACUGGAUCAGGGACCGCGUGUGCUCCUCGCUGAAAGUCAGGCCGGAGCAAUUCGCGAAGCUGUCCCAAGGAGAUGCCAAAUCUUUAUUGGUCAGCUUUUUGGAUGAUCCUGACACGCGCCGUCUGCUGGUGUUCUCCGAUGGCAAGGACCUGCUCGCGUCAACGAAGCCACUCCAAAAACUCAAGCGCAAGACGGUGUACUUUGUCAAGCUGCAGCCCAUCAAGCUGGACAAUGACAACGUCAGCAGAGAGGUUCUCCACGGGGAGCUGACGGAGGCGCCGCUGGAGACGCUUUCGGCGGUGGCGCAGAAUGUAUUCCUGCCCCUCCUCAGCAGCGCGCACAACCAGGAGGGUUGGCCUGACGUGGUGGCGCAGGAGGUGACGGAGAACAUGCACAAGUUUGUGGCCAACGUCAAGGUCUCCAUUGGCGAGUCAAAGGGCCAGACCGUGCUGCCUCUGCCCAGCGCUGACCCGGGGGCCAUUGCGGCGGCGGCAGCAGCGGCGGCAGCAGCGGCAGCAGCGACACCCGUCUCUGCGUCAGCGGAGGAGCCGGCGGCAGCAACAGCGCCCGGCCGGCCAGGGCGGCUGCCACCUGCAGAGGCGGAGAAAGUGCACAUCUUGGAGUCGGCUAUCAUGACAUGGACGCGGCAGAUCAAGAAAGUCCUUCAGGCAGAUCCAGAUGCCGCUCUCAAGGGGCCGGGGGCGCACCCGGGGCCGCUUGUUGAGCUGGACUUCUGGAAGGAGCGCGCCGACAAUCUGGCCUCCAUCCACGAGCAGCUGGCGGGGGACCGCAUUCAGAAGGUGGUGCGCGUGCUGGAGCUGGCGCACAGCACCUACCACCCGGCCUUUGAGCGGCUGUUCAAGGAGGUCGAGGCGGCGCUGCUGGAGGCGGCCGACAACGUACGCUUCCUGGCCCCCCUGCGGCGGCACCUGGAGCGGCUCAGCAUGAUGGACGACUUUGUGGCCCUGGUGGACCUGUUCAAGCCCAUCAUGCACACGGCGCUGCUGAUCUGGAAGCACAGCGGGCACUACAACACGGCCGCGCGCAUGGCCACUCUGCUGAGGGAGGCGUGCAACGACCUCAUUGCCCAGGCCCACCGCUUUGUGCCGGGCCCCGAGCUGCUGCGCAUGGAGCCGGGCGAGGCUGUGAACAAGCUGCGGCUGGCCCUGAAGGUGCUGGGCACCUUCAAGGCCUACUUCUUCAGCUACAGGGUCGCCUCGGGCGUGGAGUGCCCCGACAACCCCUGGCGUUUUCAAAACGCGGCAAUCUUUGGGCGGCUCGAUAGGUACAUGUCCCGCUGCUCAGAAAUGCUGACGUUGGCCGGCACAGUCGUGCAGUUCAGCCGGCUGGAGCGCGUCGAGGUGGGCGGCACCAAGGGCAAGAACAUCAGUGCGGCCAUCAAGACCGUCCACGCAGACUUCACCGCCGCACACGAGCGCUUCCAGCAGGUGCUGUAUGACGUGAUGGACGUGGACGCGCCGCAAUACGCAGCCGACCACGGCGCCCUGAGGGCCGCUAUCACCGAGCUGGAGCACCGCCUGGGGGCGCUCAUCAUCCAGGCCUUUGAUGACUGCACGACCCUGAGCAGCACGUUCAAGCUGCUGGACUCCUUUGAGGGCCUCCUGGAGCGCGAGGCCAUCGCCGCUGAGCUCACCAAGAAGCAGGCUGAGCUCGUCAAGGCGUUUGCGGCGGACGUGGCCGAGGUGGAGGAGCUCUUUGAGGGCGCCAAGCUGGCGCCCGUCCUCAGCAGCAACGCACCUCCGCACGCGGGCGCCGUGGCCUGGGUGCGCGGCCUCAAGGCGCGCAUCGCAGAGCCGUUUGCCAAGCUGCAGGCCAUGGAGCACGGCGCGCUGCUGGAGGGGCGGGAGGGGCGGCCGGCGGCGGCUGCGUACGAGAAGGCGAUGGCGACCAUGGAGGCAUUCGAGGCCGACGUUGUGGCAAAGUGGUGCCAACAGGUGGACUCCACCAGCGAGGCCAAGCUCAACCUGCGGCUGCUCCAAUUCCACGAGGACGCCACCCCCGACCUGCCCCUGCUGGCAGUCAACUUUGACCCUGCCCUGGUGGCGCUGCUGCGGGAGACCAAGUACUUCCUGCUGCUGCAGAUACGCGUGCCGGACGCAGCGGCGGCGGUGUUUGAGCGUGCGGACUUGUAUCGGUCUCAAAUCGGCAGCCUGGAGCUGAUGGUGGCCCUGUACAACCGGAUACAGCGCACUAUCCUGCCUGUGGAGAAGCCCCUGGUGGAGGCAAAGCUGGCGGCUGUGGAGGCAGCGCUGCAGCGGGGUCUGGAGGAACUGCGGUGGCGGUCCGAGGGCAUUGAGCCCUUCAUCCGUGAGGCCUUGGAGCUGGUGCGUGACCUGGACUCUGUGCUGGCUACCCUCAAGGACAACGUGCGGCGCACACAGGACGUUCUGCGUGCGUUUGAGCGCAGCCUGAUGUUUGAGCGCAAGGAGGGCAAGGUGUAUGCAGCAGACGAGCUGGCUGAAGCAUCAGCGGCGCUGAUGGCGUCGCGGCACGCGGAGAUGCGCGAGGCUGGCAAGGAGAUCGGCAAGCUGCUCUCCGCCAGCAACCGCGUCGUCAAGGCCAGCAAGACUACACCUGGCUGGCGCGACUACGUGGAGUACAUGAGUGGCAUCGUGGUGGACGGAUUUGGGGCGGCCAUCACAGCCAGCGCCACCUACCUACUGGCACAGAUGGACCCAGACCUGAUCUCCAAGUCUGGGUGUGGGCCUCUGCUGGAGAUCCAGCUGGAGCUGGUGGCGCCAGAAGUCGUGUGGACUCCAGAGCUGGCCAGCAGCGGCGGCUCCACCCUAGGGGUGCGUGACCUGGUGACAAGGUGGCUGUCCGGCUUCUUGGGCGUGGGCGCCCUGGUGAAACGGCUGGACACUGGGGAGGGCUCCUAUGCCAUUGAGCUGGAGGAGGACUACCGCGUGUACGAUGCACUGGGCCAGGUGAUGUCGGUCACCCUGGCCAACGAGGCGCGUUGCGAGGAGUUCCGGCAGCAGUUCCUGCGGUUUGACUUCCUCUGGAAGACGGACGCCACCGCCACCCUCAAGUUUGAGGAGCAGAUCCAGAAGUACAAAGCCAUCGGUGCUGAGGUGGCUGCUCUGCCGGGCACUGCCAACCUGGGCUGGAUGCGCGUUAGCAGCAAGCCGCUGAAGCAGGCGCUGGCUACAUGGGCAUCCAAGUGGGUGUACCUCUUCACAAAGUACCUCCAGGACAAGGUGGUGGGGUCUGUGUCUGAGCUGUACACGUUCAUGGACGAAGCCGACACCACCCUAGUGCGCAAGGUGCUUGGGGAGGCUGGCAACAGCGAGGAGGAGGGCGGCGAAGACGAGGCCGAGGCUGCCGCUGAUGCAGAGGAGGACGGCGGCGAGGGCAAGCGCGAGCGCGAUGCGGACGCGCACCGCCGCGCGCUGUACGACAUCAUGACCUGCAUGAGGGACGUGCGCAAGCGCGCGGAGGUCACGGACGGCAUGUUCGACCCGUUGCGGGAGGCGGUGCAGUCGCUGCAGGGCGUCGGCGUGGCGCUGCCAGACGGCGUCCUGCGGCAGCUGGAGACGGCUGAGGUGCGGUGGAAGGGCCUCAAAAAGAAGGUGCUCAAUCGCCGCGAGGCGCUGGCAGCGCUGCAGCAGGCUGAGGCGGUGGACGUACGGCGCAAGAGCGACGCCUUCAACGAGCGCGUGGAGGAGUACCGCAAGUUCUUCCUGAAGCGCGCGCCGUUUGCCGUCCAGGGCGGCGGCGAGCUCAAGCUGGAGCACGUGCGGCCCGCUUACCAGGUGCUGGACGCGUUCCGCCAUGGCGGCGUGGACAGCCACCCCUCCGUGAUGGCCAUCAUCUCUGAGAGCAAGCAGCUGCAGGAGUGGCAGGACCUGUUUGAGCUCUACGUGCAGGACUACCUGCCCUUGACACGCUGCGCAGAGGACCUGGUGCACCUCAAGGCCACUUGGGACACUGUGGCAGCGGUGCUCUACACCUUUGCUGAUUGGUACAAGACCCCCUGGGACAAGAUCGACGUGGACUACCUGGUGGAGGAGACCAAGAAGCUCGGCAAGGAGGUCAAGGGACUCAACAAGGCGGUCCGCAACUACGAGGUGUACCGCCUGCUGGAGGAGGCGCUUAAGGCGAUGCUCACCAGCCUGCCGCUCGUGCAGAACCUGCACCACCCCGCAAUGCGCGAUCGCCACUGGAAGAUGCUGAUGCAGGCAACCGGCAAGCAGUUUGUGAUGGACGCGCGCUUCUGCCUGGGCGACCUGCUGGCCCUGGAGCUGCACAACUACGUGGACGCGUGCAGCGAGAUCGUGGACAGGGCCCAGAAGGAGCUCAACAUUGAGAAGCAGCUCAAGCGCAUCGAGGACACCUGGCGGGGCCUGGCGUUGGUGUUUUCACCCUACCAGGACACAGACAUCAACUCCCUGCACGUGGACGACGCCAUCACCGAGGCGCUGGAGAACGACAACCUCCAGCUGCAGGGCCUGGCCGGCCAGAAAUACGUGCAGCUGAACCCAAUGUUUGGGGACAGUGUGGCGUCCUGGCAGAAGCGCCUGGGCACGGUGGACGCGGUGCUCAACACGUGGACGGAUGUUCAGAAGAAGUGGCAGGCGCUGGAGAGCAUCUUUGUGGGAUCGGCGGACAUCAGGGUGCAGCUGCCAGAGGACUCUAAGCGCUUUGCCGCCGUCAACGCAGACUACCAGGACUUGAUGCGGUCAGCUCCGGAUGUGACCAAUGUGCUGGAGGCUGCCAACAUGGAGGGGAGGCAGGAGCGCCUGGAGGGCAUGCUGGGGCAGCUGGAGUGCUGCGAGAAGGCGCUGCAGGCGAGCUUGACGAUGGACAAAUGGCAUCUGCUCGCGCAGUUGGGGAGUCUGAACCUGCAUGUGCUGCCGGAUUACCUGGAGACCAAGCGCAUUGCGUUCCCCAGGUUCUACUUUGUGGCCCCAGCGGACCUGCUGGACAUCCUUUCCAAGGGCUCCAACCCCCAGCUUAUCCUGCGCCACCUGCCCAAAAACUUUGAUAACGUUCACAACCUCUCCUUCAGGCUGGAUGAGCGCGGGGAGCCUACCAAGGCCGCCACUGGCAUGUACAGCGGCGAGGGCGAGUAUGUGGAGUUUGUGGACGACUGCCUGUGUGACGGCCCAGUGGAGACGUGGCUGCAGCACGUCGUGGACGCCAUGAAGGCCGGCCUGGCAGCAGAGUUCAAGAGGGCCAUGCCGACGUACGACGAGGUCCCGCGCACCCAGUGGAUUCUGCGGUACAGCGCCCAGGCCACCGUGGUGGUGACGCGCACCUUCUUCACGCAGGAGGUCACCGAGGCCUUUGACGAGCUGGAGGAGGGCAACGAGGACGCCCUCAAGAACGAGUACGAGCGCCAGGUGACGCAGCUGGCGGGGCUGAUCGAGAUGAUCAACGGCGACCUCACCAAGCUGGACCGCAAGAAGCUCAUCACGCUCUGCACCAUCGACGUCCACGCGCGCGACGUGGUGCAGCGGCUGAUCGACGAGCGCGUGGAGAGCGCGACGGCGUUCCAGUGGCAGAGCCAGCUGCGAUACAUCGUCAGCGAGAAGACCAAGGCCAGCCAGGUCAACAUCUGCGACGCCGAGAUUGCGUACAACCACGAGUACAUCGGCAACUGCGGCGCGCUGUGCUACAUCACACUGACCCAGGCGCAGAGGCUGGUGCUGGGUGGAGCGCCCGCUGGCCCAGCAGGCACGGGCAAGACAGAGACCACAAAGGACCUGGCCCGCGCCCUGGGGGUGCAGUGCUAUGUCUUCAACUGCAGCGACCAGAUGGACUACAAGGCCAUGGGCCAGAUCUACAAGGGGCUCGCACAGACCGGGGCCUGGGGCUGCUUUGAUGAAUUCAACCGCAUCCCCGUGGCGGUGCUGAGUGUGUGCAGCACGCAGUACAAGACGGUGCUCGAUGCCCUGCGUGGCCGCAAGGCGCGCUUCAUGUUUGAGGAGGUGGAGAUCGCCCUGCAGCCCAGCGUGAUGGCCUUCAUCACCAUGAACCCAGGGUACCCCGGCCGUGCAGAGCUGCCCGAGUCCCUGAAGACCCUGUUUCGCCCGGUGUCCAUGGUGCUGCCCGACCUGGCGCUGAUCUGCGAGAUCAUGCUCAUGGCGGAGGGCUUCCAGUCCAGCAAGAUGCUGUCCCGCAAGUUCAUCAUCCUCUACAAGCUGUGCGAGGACCUGCUGUCCAAGAGCAAGCACUACGACUGGAAGCUGCGCGCCAUCAAGACCACGCUCUACGUGGCGGGCGGCAUGAAGCGGGCCGCACCAGAGCUGACUGAGGACAAGGUGCUGCUGCGCGCGCUGCGCGACUUCAACCUGGGCAAGCUGACUAGCGACGACACCUCCAUCUUUGUGGGCCUGCUCAACGACCUGUUCCCCAAAACCCUGGAGCUGGUGCCACGUGCCAGGGAGGUGGACUUCGAGGCCAGGAUCCAUGAUGCGGCGCUGGAGCUGGGCUACCAGCCCGAUGAGACCUUCUGCCUCAAGAUCGGGCAGCUCAGGGAGCUGUUUGUGGUGCGCUGGUCGGUGUUCCUGCUGGGCCCCGCUGGCUGCGGCAAGAGUGCCAUCUGGCGCACCCUGAUGAAGGCCCAGAACAAUGCCGGGGAGAAGACCGUGUACCGCCCCAUCAACCCCAAGGCCGUCACGCGCAAUGAGCUCUACGGGUACCUGCACCCUCAGACCCGCGAGUGGAAAGAGGGCCUGGUGUCCGUCACAUUCCGUGACUUUAGCAACAACGCCACCAACAAGCACCAGUGGAUCGUGCUGGACGGCGACAUCGACGCGGAGUGGAUCGAGAGCAUGAACACCGUAAUGGAUGACAACAAGAUGCUGACCCUGGCCUCCAACGAGCGCAUCCCCCUGACGCCCUCCAUGCGGCUGCUGCUGGAGAUCAACCACAUGAACCACUGCAGUCCUGCCACCGUCAGCCGCGGGGGUGUCAUCUUUGUCAACGCCGAUGAUGUUGGGUGGAAGCCCGUGGUGGACUCAUGGAUUGAGAGGCUCGAGGCUGCCGAGUACCGCCCGCUGCUGACAACGCUGUUCAGCCGCUAUGUGGACCCCUGCCUGGAGUACUGCCGGCGCAACUUCAAGACAGUGGUGCCCCUGCCGGCUGUCAACCAGGUGAUGACCAUCUGCAAGAUCCUGGAGGGCAUCCUGCCCAAGGAGAGCGUGAGGGGUGCCCCGCCCCCCGACAAGAAGCUGCUGGAGUACCACUUUGUGUUCGCGUGCAUCUGGGCCUUUGGCGGCUGCAUGAUGGUCGACAAGGUGACCGACCACCGCGCCGCGUUCAGCAAGUGGUGGGUGUCCGAGUGGAAGGGCGUGCAGUUCCCUGAGAAGGGCAGCGUGUACGACUAUUACGUGGACCCCGACACCUGCCUCAUGGUGCCGUGGGACGAGCGCGUGCCCAAGUUCAGCUACGCGGCAGCCGGCGGGGCCGGCAGCAGCGUGCGGGGGCCCAUGUUUGUGCCUACGGUCGAGACUGCGCGGCUGACCUACUUCCUGGACAGCCUCAUGGCCAACAGGCACUACGUGAUGUUUGUCGGCAACACGGGCACGGGCAAGACGGCCGUGCUGAUGAACAAGCUGCGCGGCCUGGACCCUGAGGCGGUAGCGGCCUGCGUCAUCAACAUGAACUCCUUCAGCGACGCGCCCAGCCUGCAGCUGCAGAUGGAGCAGCCGCUGGAGAAGAAGAGCGGCGUGCGCUACGGGCCACCUGGGUCGCGCAGACUCGUGUACUUCAUUGACGACCUCAACAUGCCCUACGUCGACAAGUACGACACACAGUCUGCCAUUGAGCUGGCCCGGCAGAUGGUCGACUACAGGGGAUGGUUUGACAAGCAGAAGAUACUGCUCAAGGAGAUCCAGAACUGCCAGUACGCCGCGGCCAUGAACCCCACCGCCGGCAGCUUCAACAUCACGCCACGCAUGCAGCGCCACUUCGUCACGUUUGCCGUCCAGAUGCCCAACGCGGACAUCGUGCGCUCCAUCUACUCUGCCAUAGUGGAGGGCCACGUGCAGGGUGCGGGGCUGGACGAGAGCGUGGUGCGGCUGGCGCCAAAGCUGGUGGACGCGACCAUCGAGCUGCACCGCAUGGUGAUGCACAACUUCCUGCCCAGCGCAGUGAAGUUCCACUACCAGUUCAACCUGCGUGAGAUGUCCAACGUGGUCGGUGGCCUGUGCCGCAUGACUAAGGAUGUCUACAAGGAGCCCGUCAGGGCUGUGCGGCUGUGGAUCCACGAGUGCGAGCGCGUGUUCCGUGACCGCCUGGUGUCAGACGCUGACGCGGCCAAGUUCGAUGAGUUCAGGGCCGCGGCCACGAGGAAGUACUUUGAGGAGCUGCCUGGCGGCAUGGCGGCGCUGGAGGAGAGGCCGCUGCUCUUCACCAGCUUUCCAUCGGAAGACGUGGCGAACUACACCCCUGUGACGUCAUACGACGCGCUGCGCAAGGUGUUGGACGACAAGCUGGCAGAGUAUAAUGACACUAACACGGUGAUGGAUCUGGUGCUGUUCCAGCAGGCCAUGGAGCACGUCACACGCAUAGCUCGCAUCAUGGACCUGCCACGCGGCAACGCCAUGCUGGUUGGUGUGGGUGGAAGCGGCAAGCAGAGCCUGGCGCGCCUCGCCGCCCACAUCUGCGGCUAUGAUGUAUUCCAGAUCGCUGUGAGCAGCAACUACGGCGUCGCUGACUUCAAGGAGGCACUGCUGGGGCUGUACACCAAGACAGGAGCCAAGGGCAUCCCCACGAUGUUCCUGAUGACAGACAACCAGAUUGUCAAGGAGCAGUUCCUGGUGUACAUCAACGACCUGCUCAGCACGGGAGUUGUCAGCGACCUCUUCACACAGGAGGACAAAGAGGGCUUCUGCAAUGCCGUGCGCAGCGAGGUCAAGGCCAGCGGACUGCUGGACACCCCUGAAGCGUGCUGGGACUUCUUCAUCGCCAAGACGCGCCGCCUGCUGCACGUGGUGCUGUGCUUCAGCCCCGUGGGGGACAAGUUCAGAGUGCGGGCUAGGCAGUUCCCGGCCCUCGUCAACUGCACACAGUUCGACUGGUUCCACGGCUGGCCCCUGGAGGCACUGGUGUCUGUUGCCCAUCGUUUCCUGGCCGGGAUCCCUGACGUUGACGAGGGCGUCAGGGACCAACUGGGACAGCACAUGGCCCAUGCACACACAUGCGUCAGUGAGGCGAGUGCGGCCUACCUGGAGUCUUACCGCCGCUACAACUACACCACUCCGAAGUCCUACCUGGAGCUCAUCAGCCUCUACAAAGACCUGCUGGCCCGCAAGAGGAGGGAAUUGCGAGCGGCAAUUGAGCGGCUGCAGAGCGGUGUUGAGAAGAUCGCCCAGGCCAGUGCCCAAGUGGCGGACCUGCAGGCCAACCUCAAGCAAGAGCAGAUCAUUGUUGAGGAGAAGAAGGCAGCUACUGACGCGCUGAUUGUGAGCAUCGGUCGCGAGAAGGCAGUGGUUGAUGAGGCGGUGGAGGCCGGACGCGGCGACGAGGAGGCUGCUGCAGCACUGCAGUCCGAGGUCCAAAAUUUCCAGGAAGAGUGUAGCCGUGAUCUCAUGGUGGCAGAGCCCGUCAUUGCGGAAGCGGAGGCAGCUCUGAACAGCCUGGACAAGGCCAGCUUGGGGGAGCUCAAGAGCUUUGGAUCGCCCGCAGCAGAAGUUGUGCAGGUCGUGGCUGCGUGCAUGGUCCUGACUGCCCCGGGCGGCAAGAUCCCCAAGGACCUGUCGUGGGCCGCGGGCAAGAAGUUCAUGGGCAACGUGGACGCCUUCCUCAAGAGCCUCCUGUCUUUCGACAAGGACAACGUCCCCGUGGUGUGCGUCGACACCGUGGAGCGCGACUUCAUCAGCAACCCGGGCUUCAAGGCGGAGAACAUCAAGAGCAAGAGCAGCGCGGCAGCGGGGCUGUGCGGCUGGGUGCUCAACAUCUGCAAGUACUUCAGGAUCUACCAGGUCGUCGCCCCCAAACGCGCGGCCCUGGCCGAAGCCAACCGCAAGCUGGAGGGAGCCAACAAGAAGCUGGCGGGUAUCCGGGCCAAGGUGAAGGAGCUCCAAGACCGUGUGGCGACGCUGGAGGCCGGGCUCAUGAAGGCCACAGAGGACAAGAACAACGCCAUCGCACAGGCCGAGCGCACGAGCCGCAAAGCUGGGCUGGCUGACCGGCUGGUGAACGGCCUGAGCGGAGAGAACAAACGCUGGAGCGAGACCAUCCGGAAGUUGGAGGGGCAGGAGGGCAUGCUGGUGGGCGACGUGCUGCUGGCGGCCGCGUUUGUGUCGUAUGCGGGCCCCUUCAACAUGGCCUUCAGGAAGCAGCUGGUGGACGAGCGCUGGCUGCCAGACAUCGUGACGCGUGGUAUUCCCCUCAGCGCCGGCAUCAAGCCGCUGGACAUGCUGACUGACGACAGCACCAAGGCCAAGUGGGCGCAAGAGGGCCUGCCCACCGACCCCCUGAGCAUUGAGAACGGCGCCAUCAUGACCAACGCGGCGCGCUGGAGCCUCAUGAUAGACCCCCAGCUGCAGGGCAUUCAAUGGAUCAAGUCGCGUGAGGCCACCAGCGGCCUGGUGAUCCUGCAGCAGAGCCAGCCCAAGUAUGUGGACAAGGUGCUGCAGUGCAUCGAACAGGGUCUCCCACUCCUGCUUGAGAACCUGCCCACGGAGCUUGAUGCGGUGCUGGACCCGGUGCUGGGCAAGCGCACCGUCAAGAGGGGCCGCGCCAUGGUCAUGAGGAUUGGGGACGCAGAGGUUGAGUACGAUUCCCAGUUCAGGCUGUACCUCCAGACCAAGCUGUCCAACCCGCACUACAAGCCUGAGAUUGCGGCACAGUGUACCCUCGUCAACUUCUGCGUCACUGAAAAGGGCCUGGAGGACCAGCUGCUGGCGCAGGUGGUCAACCACGAGCGCCCCGAUCUGCAGGAGCAGGCCGCUGCACUGGUGUCGCAGCUGGGGCAGUAUACCAUCACGCUCAAGGAGCUGGAGGACUCCCUGCUGGCCCGGCUGGCAAACGCACAGGGUGACAUCCUGGAGGACAUUGAGCUGAUUGAGAACCUGGAGGAGACCAAGCGCACCGCCCUGGACAUAGAGGACAAGGUGCGCCAGGCGCGCUCCACAGAGGCCUCCAUAUCCAAGGCACGCGAGGUGUACCGCCCCGUGGCGGCGCGCGGCAGCCUGGUCUUCUUCCUGAUCGACGGCCUCAACGCGCUGGACAGGGUGUACCACUACUCCAUGGCCAACUUUGUCUACGUGCUGGUCAAGGGCAUGGACACCACCCCGGGCGGCGCCGACGAGAGCCUGGUGCCCAAGGACCAGCGGCUCGGCCAGGCGGUGGACCUGGAGCAGCGCGUGCAGCUCCUGGUUGACGGCACCUGCCAAGCUGUGUUCAACUACGUGGCCCAGGGCCUGUUUGAGCGCCACAAGCUGAUCGUGUCGACGCAGCUGUGCAUGUCGGUGCUCAGGGCUCGUGGGGAGCUGCAGCGCGCAAAGUUUGACAUGCUGCUGCGCGGGCAAAAGGUAAUGGGUGUUGACAACCCCCUGAGCGACUGGGUGCCUGAGAGUGUGUGGGGCAGCGUCCAGGCCCUGCGUGAGCUGGAGGACUACGCCAACCUGCCAGACGACCUGGUGGGCUCAAGCAAGAGGUGGCGCGAGUGGAUGGAGCUGGAGAGGCCAGAGGACGAGCCCCUGCCGGGCGACUGGAAGCGCAUGCCCGAGUUUGAGCGCCUGCUGCUGUUCCGCGCGCUGCGCCCUGACCGGCUGACAGCCGCCAUGAAGAAGUUCGUCACAAAUGUCAUCGGCGCUAA